AAGAAAGUUUUCCCUGGCGAUCGAAGCAAAUUCAUUCUGUCACCCACCAUAAUCUCCCACUUCCGCCCGACUCGUUUUGCACUCGAAGCGAAAUGUCUCUCUGGAAAUCUGUCGGUAAUUGCAUCCUAGAGGGUGUUUCGAGUGUUCCGGAUCUCGAUGCAUCAAAGCUCACUAUUACACUUGCUGACUCCCUGAAACCUGUGCCAGAUAAUGAAUCAUUGGUUUUUGGAGCUGUCACCACCGACCAUAUGCUGGUUGUCAGUUUCGAACCUUCAACGGGAUGGUCCGUACCUGAAAUAAAACCGUAUGCGCCUCUCAGUUUGGAUCCGAUGAGCUCUUGCUUCCAGUACUGUACAAACCUCUUUGAGGGAAUGAAGGCUUACAUGGGGCCAGACGGGAAGCCUCGUUUGUUUAGGCCAGACAAAAAUAUGGCACGUCUCGCGAGGUCUGCCGAGCGUGUUGCUUUACCCCCAUUCAACACAGACGCUCUCCUGACAUUGAUCAAACGCCUAGUCAUGGUUGAAAAGCGUUGGAUACCCACUGCGGAAGGACACAGCUUGUAUAUCCGUCCUACUAUCAUUGGAACGCGUGCUGCUUUGGGUGUUGCCGCUUCCGAUCAAGCGCUUCUCUACGUGAUCCUGUCCCCUACGGGUCCCUACUUCCGUACGGGCCCCAAACCACUUUCCCUUCUUGUUGUGAACGAGAACGUGCGCGCUUGGCCUGGAGGAACAGGUGGCCACAAGCUCGGAUUGAACUACGCGCCUGGGUUCCUUCCUCAGCGUAUUGCCGCGAAGAAAGGUUACGAUCAGAUCCUAUGGCUCCUUGGAGACGCAGUCACUGAGGCAGGCGCUAUGAACUUCUUUGUUGUCAUCAAGCGGGACGACGAAGAUGGCGUGGACGUCGCCACUCCAGAGUUGGACGGUACAAUUCUUCCUGGAGUAACCCGUAUGUCCGUUUUGGAGCUCAUGCAGGCACAUAAUGACGGCCGGACGAAUUUGAACGGAUUGCCUAAGCUCCAUACACAGGAGAGAAAGGUAACUAUGUCUGAGUUGAAGAAGUUGAGUGAAGAAGGCAAGCUACUGGAGGCGUUUGGAGUGGGGACGGCGGUCAUUGUGGCACCUGUUGGGAAGAUUGGCUAUGAAGAUGGUGAUUUGACGUUGCCAGCCCACGAAAAAGGGUUAGGACCAGUAGGAGGCGCACUCUGGCGCAGACUGGUAGAUAUUCAGGAGGGCCGAGUGCAGUGGGAGAACUGGGGAGUUCUUUGCGAAGAUGCUUAGAGUCGUAUCGACAACUAUAUCUAUAAAAAAUCUUAUUUGUUCAUCUGUAAUGUUUAGCGCCCUAGCCAAUGGUUCAGGAAUGGAUUCUUCGAUGUCUCAAAACGAGAUCUACAUGCGGAG